CGUCACAAGGCUUAUGGCGCAGUAUAUAAGCACUAGGGAAAGAGUACCGAGUUACAGGUGCCAGACUUAGCUCACUGUGCCACAGGACCCCGGUGUCUGAAGUAGUUCUCUGAAAAUUCUUCAGCACCCAAUCAUCUUCCAAGAUGUCUUUCUGGAGCGAACCUUCCAACUUGGCUCCCAAUGGCCUUCCCUCAACCAACCCUUAUGGGAACUACACGGUGGUUGACACCGUGCCCAAGGAGCUCCUCCAUAUGGUGGAUUCUCACUGGUACCAGUUCCCCCCAAUGAACCCCCUGUGGUACAGUCUUGUUGGGUUCUGGAUGGUCAUCAUGGGCAUCCUGUCUGUCUUUGGUAACUUCGUUGUCCUCUGGGUGUUCAUGACAACAAAGUCUCUAAGAAGCCCUGCCAACACGCUUGUCGUCAACCUGGCCCUCUCUGACUUCCUGAUGAUGUUCACGAUGUUCCCACCCAUGGUCAUCUCAUGCUACUGGCAGACCUGGACCCUCGGUGCCUUCUUCUGCGAAGUCUACGCCUUCUUGGGAUCUCUCUUCGGCUGCGUGUCCAUCUGGACCAUGGUCUUCAUCACUGCUGAUCGUUACAACGUUAUCGUCAAGGGAGUGGCUGGAGAUCCUCUUAGCAGCAAGGACGCUAACUUGAGGAUCGUCUUCACCUGGAUUGUCUCCUUCGCCUGGUGCCUUCCCCCCUUCUUUGGGUGGAACCGCUAUGUGCCUGAGGGUAACAUGACCGCUUGCGGUACUGAUUACCUGAGUGGAGAUAUCGUCUCUGACAGCUACCUCUACAUCUACUCCAUGUGGGUAUACAUCUUCCCUCUCUUGUACAUCAUCUACAGCUACACCUUCAUCGUCAAGGCUGUCGCCAACCACGAGAAGCAGAUGCGCGAACAGGCCAAGAAGAUGGGAGUCAAGUCCCUGAGGAGUGAUGAAGCCCAGAAGACCUCUGCUGAGUGCCGCCUUGCCAAGGUUGCUCUCAUGACCGUCACCCUGUGGUUCAUGGCCUGGACCCCCUACUUCGUCAUCAACUAUGGAGGCAUGUUGAACAAGUCCAUGGUUACUCCUCUUUUCUCCAUCUGGGGCUCCGUCUUCGCCAAGGCCAACGCCGUCUACAACCCCAUCGUGUACGCCAUCAGCCACCCCAAGUACCGUGCUGCCCUUGAGAAGAAGCUGCCCUUCCUUGCUUGCGCUACUGAGGGCAAGGAUAACAUCUCUGAGGUUACUUCUACUAACGAGAAGGCAGAGAGUGCAUAAGAUGUUAAUUUGUCAACAAUGCAAUGUUGCAAUGAGCUUCCUUAGACCUGAUUUCCCUAGUACACUUCCCUGCAACGACA